AAUGAAGGUACAGUUCUGUUUCACAAAGAUUCCAUAGUUAUUGCAUACAGCUUGAAAACAUAGAGUUGCCACUUACAAGCAUCUUGUUCUACACACCAAAGUGUUUACAGGUCUUUCUGUAUGGCAUCAUGCACCAUGCAAACCAUUUAAAAGUAAUUUUUGAAUUUCAUGUUUUUAUGUUUUAUUUAUCCAAACUGGGCUGAAACACUGCAACUUGCAGCAAGCUCUUUUGUGUGUGUCCUGUAAAAUCUAGACAAAACUGAUGUCCCCAAAGUUGCAACUGUAUGCACCAAUAAUAUAGCAGUCCUAAAGUGAUGAAAAUUUUGUCAAUUUUUUCCCAUUAUUUGUUAUCGUUCAUUAUUUAAUAGUUAAUCAAUUAGCUAGCUACACAUAUUGGAGGCUAUUUUCUGCACUGUUAUUUUAACACUAGUUUGAUUUUCUGCAAUCAUACAAUUUAAGAAACUUUACAUUACAUAACAAGUAAUGAACUUUGUACAACUAAGAGGUACCCUAUGGAGGUACACCCUAAGUACCACUCUAACAGGGCUGCCAAAACAUGACUGAAAGUAGCGGAUACAAUUUUAAGAUUGUUCAUGGGUUUCCCCAAGCCUACUACAAUGAUUGGAAGCAAGAGAGACUAUAAAAGUAUAACAUUCUAGGAACAUUUGAUUUUGGCACUCCUUUGAAGAGUUAGAUUACUUUCCGUGCCUUUGAUUCCUGGUCGCUGGUGGGGCAGUUCCUUUGUGUGACGGCUUAAAUAUACAGUUACUUGUUUUCGCAGGAUUUGCAACUAGUUCAUUUGCUUGAAUUGUUCAGGGUACUAGUGAAUUUUCCAAAGCUGAAAGGCUGGCAUCAUUAGCAAAAAAUCUAGGUUUUAAGUAAGUUGCAUUUGGGAUGUCAUUAACAAAGAAGGUAAAAAGGAUGAGACACCCCCAGGGAACAUUUUGCCGUUUACUUCUGUAUGACUUUUUUUUUAGACGUCAUACUAUCUCAGGUUCUAAGCUUCUCUCGCGCUUGUCUUCAUGGCUCUAGAUAACUUGUACACGUCUAAUCUAAAUGCAGGCUUUGAUUGUACUGAACAGGAAAGCUGUUAAACAAUGUGUAGAAAAGACAAAUUGACGAUCAGAUUCCCAUUCUGCGUCUACCAGAUGUGUGUAUAAACUUAUCUGCAUAGCAUAGAACAGAAUUUUAAACCAGUACUAAGCCAAUUGGUAGCAGUCUGGUUCCUCAAAAAAGACCGAUAUGAGCCAUGAAAUUGAUUUUCAUGUGAGAAUUUAAUUUCUUUUGCUAUUAAUUGUGACAACCAAGCAUGAAUUAAACUGAAUGACUGCCUUUAACUUGACUGAGUCCAUAGUAACCCUAAGAGGUUAUUCUCUAUUCAGCUAUUCUCAAACAUAAAACACCUCUUCGUUGUGAGUCAAACUUCAGUUCAGCUGUUGGAAACUGUUUAAUAUGACGGCAACUGCAUCUGAAAUACAAAAGAAAAUAAAUAAUAAAUAUUCUAUUUACAGUCAGCAACGAGAUCCAGCAUCAAGCUAAUUUAAACCAACCAUUUACAAUGAUUAUGCAAAGUAAUUACUAUAAAAAGCCUAAAUAUUUCGCACAAUCUACAGCUGCACAAGUUCUAUGUUUCGUUUAAAAAUAUGUAAUGAUUAGAACUCUAAUUUUUGUACGUAGCUUUUGCCAUGCGUUUUGUCCAAUAAGUCUAAUGGUCUCUGUAGUUAUUCUUGCACUGGGCAGAAUGAUGUUGCUGUUUGCUAGAAAAUCAUUUCCAAGGUUUCUAGUACAAAUCAUUGUCCAUUAAUGUUGGAUUCAAGUUAUUGACAUUUUUUUAUAUCUUAAUCAAGAGCAGCCGUAAAUUUCUCCGGUGGGGAGAGACUGAUUUUGUUUUAGUUAAUAAUUGAUCAAAAUUAGAGGCGCUAUCUUUGCAUGUGAUUCGAAGUGCAAGUUCGUGAAUCUUGUUUAUUUUAUUAUUAAUUUUUCUAUCAUUGAACAUCCAUACAAGUGAGGAGUAACUAAAAUGAGAGAUUAUAAACGAGGCCGUCGAUUGAUAGCUCGUUGAGGUACAUCCGUGAAUGUUGAUAUGCGAUUUAAAGCAUGUAGUUUUGAUUGGCUUUUUGCAGAGAUUUGCAACAUAGGAUUGAAAACUUAACCUUUUUUUUUGAAACACUCCAAAAAGUGUCUCUUCGGUGUUCUCUUUUAUCACAUAUCACAGAAACUUUUUCAUCUUUUUUCCCAAAAAUUAGAUGAUAACAUUUUUUCGCUCAUUUUCAUCUAAUUAUUCUCAAACCAUUGUGAUAACAAACAAUGGUUUUUUUUAAAAGAUUAUCAUCCGCAUAAUCACAUAAAUCAGUAUUUUUUCCCCAGAAAAAAAUGUCACAAAUUAAUAGGGUUCAUCUUUCCUUUUGUCAAUGAAUAAUGGCCUUCAAAACCUCCUUUGCGGCAGCCACGUUUCUUAACUCUGCCGACAACCCAACAAGAAACAAAACAACACCAGUCGAGAACUAAAAUGGUGCAGCUUAAAUCCGUCCCCUUAGAUCUUGUCCCCUAGCAUACAAAUUUGUUUAGGAAUACCCCCCCCAAAUUUUCCAGGAUUCCCCAUCACUUAGUUGCCUUAUCUUGAAAAUUGUAUGGAAGUUAUUUGAAUUAUCAAUUUUCUACUCGUUAGCUUUUAUUGUACUGCAGCCUCGCCCAGUAGGUUCGAUGAUGCAUACUUGCACUCUUGUUCUUGUUUUGCCUUCUAAGACAGAUGUCUGUUACAUUAUUCUCAGCAAAAGAAGUACCUUGGGAGAUCAAAUGUUGCAAAUAGAGGCAGUUGCUUCCUUCUCGAUAAAAACCGAUUUAGCAACCCUCAUUGGCAUCUUCCUUCUCCAUCAUCAUUCUCUUUCUUCCCAUUAUGCCCCAAAACAUAUCAUGUCGUCUUAGAAAACCGCUCAUAAGACUCUUCCAUCUUUGCUUCUGUCAAGAAUAACAACUACUUGAUUCUUCUACUGGAUUACGCAGGAUAGUACUAUUUUUCUUCUUAUCUUUCAUUUUAUUUGUAAUUAAUGCGGUCUCUCACAUAUUGCAAACUUACGUUUUGAAGCUUAAAUUUUCCCUAACAUAGCUUUUAACGAUCUUUUUUCUGAUAUUUCAAACACCUUACCAUGCAAUCUACAUAGUCCUUUUGACUUUCACAAAUGAGUUGAGUCCACAUAUACUUAAAUCUUUCAUACUCUUCGACAGCUGCUCUUCCACAUAAAACUGUGGCACCUCGCAGCACAAAUAAUAUCGUUUUGAGGAGCCUUUCAGAAUCAAACGCAAUGAUUCACUCAUUCAAACAAAACUCGCAUGCUUAUCACGAUCCUUCUUUUUUUAGCUUAUCUAUAUAGAAGUGCCUCGAUCUCGAUCUAGAAGUGCCUCUAAUCUGAUAUGCUAAUUUAUUCAAAUUAAUUCAAUGACAUCAUAAAUAGCACGAUCAAGAUGUCAACGAUUCUUUGCAACUUCUUAACCUGAUUCCAGUAGAAUAGUGCCAAUGUUCCUGCUGAUUGACAAUUUUCAGCCACCUUGCAAUGCAGGUCUUCUUAUGCCGAUGUCUUUUCUUCUGAAAAUUUUCCCCUGUGAAGGAGUCUCCUUUGUGUCUUCGUCGUCUAGGUCAGUCCAACUAUUCACGGAGACUUGUGCCAGGCCGACUUGUGCUGUAUUAGUUUUCUCAAGAAAGUAAUUCAAAGCAUACUAGUCAAUAAGUACAGCCGUACUUUUCUUGGCUGUUGAUUAAACUGAUUUUGACAUUAGCCUGUGCAUGAUAAAAUUUAUAGGUUUGAAACACUUCUAAGCAAAAGCAAAUGCAUCUUUAAAAAAUCAGUGGUGUUGUUAGAGUGCGAAUAUACCCCACUCAUAGUUUCCACGGGUUAACAGAAGUCAUGUGCGAGGCAGGCAGUUCUGGUACCAGCUGCUGCAAAGUUGGGUCAGAGGCAUGGGCGUACUGCUCAGUGACUUGUUGAGGCCACACUCUUUUAUUUAACAAAAGGGCCCCUUUGUGCGUCAGUCCGGUAUUGCAUCAUAAGCAUCUUGUAUAUUUCUGCUAGACCUUUUGAUUCUUUUCUUAUUCAUUGAUCUAAAGGAGGGGGAGGGGUGUGACAAAACUACUGCGAACAUAUAAUGUUUUCCUUUAAGUUAUGAGAAAUAUCAACAAAACAAAGACUGGAUGAAACACCAUAUGUUAAUAUUUUAAGAUUAAUUCAUUUGCAAUGAUUUGCCAAGGCAGGCUCCCAACCAACAAGUCUUUCCUCUCAGUUCACUUUCAUUGAUAACUGCGCGUAUCUUUAGGUAAAUAUAUUGAAAAUUCUGCGAAGUCAAUGUGAGCAGUAGACAUGCCUCCUGUAUAAUAUUCUUUCCACUGACUUGAAGCAGGUCUUCAAAUGUAUUGUAACGUCCCUUUAAAGCCGCACAAAUGCAUUUUCAUGUACGAAGAAUGAGUACAUAUAGUUGGAUAUACCAGUCUGAAAAAACAUUAUCUGAAAAAAGUUUCUAACAUUGUCUAUACAUUGUCUGAAAAAAGUUUCUAAAAGCAUGUGUUUGGAAAUUUCCAAAUCAAAGGGUGGCACAAUCCUGGAUCAUAAAAAGACGCUCAUAUGCACCCUUUCUGCUCCGAUUUGUUCUUUUGUCGCUAGUUUUUUGCAUUUUUUCCUCUUCUCAUCUAAACUUUGGAACCGAAAUGCUUUCAAUUAAAAAAGAACGGAAAUAUUUUACUAUAUGUUGCAUGCACGUCCAACCUUACAAAAAGUAGUCACUUUUUUGAGAAAUCAAACAUUCAAUUGGAAAAAGUACUGGCUGGGCUACCCUGGGCACCAGACUCACUCUAUAUAAAUAAGAGAGAGUCUGGUUCAGUGCGCCCCUAUCCUCGUUCUGUUGUGCCGAUAUUGACCAAUCAGGAGCAAGUGUACAGAUUUAUGUACGUUCAAAAGUCACAGUGUGACUAUAAACGUAGCUCUGGUGUAAAACGUUGAACAGAACACAGCAUAAAUUACGAUUACGAUUGAGUUUGAGGAUGCUGUUAAAACUGUACUCAAAGUAUAUUUUCCGCAUGUUGUAGAACUUAACACAGAACAGUUAACAGCAUUGAAAGCAUUUUUUGUAGAGAGAUGAGACACCUCCGCCAUAUUGCCAAUUGGCUUUCGAAAGUCUCUCAUAUUUCAGGCAGUGCUGCUCAUUGCAAAGAAACUAGGCCUUCUGGUGAAAUGAAAUAGGGAACACCGCAAGGCGCCAAGAACAAACGUGCUGAUGCUAACCGCCGCUGUGUCCAAGCGCGCUGCCUUUACAAUGAGGAAGUAGACUUUGAAAGUACACACAAUUUACGAGGGAAAUUACAAGAAACUUAUUUUAAGUUUCAUACGAAUUUAUUGAUUAACGUUUUAUAACUGCUUUGUGCUAGCUUUAAUUUCAUGCUUCGCACAUGUUUUUGUUGCCAAAUGGCAUUUUACACCUGAUUUGAUUGUAAUCUUGAGGCAGAAAAGUCUAUUAUCACUGUAAUAAUAAUGGUGACUUUACAGAACUUUAUAAAAUACAUUUGCUUUAAGAUUUUCCAAAACUCCACGGAGUACCUUUGUCAUUUAUCCGACAGUCUGGUUUCACAGGCCUAGUUUCCAGCCUGUUAAAUUGACUAAAGUUCUUUCAAAUAUGUCCACCGCAACGAGGCCCGGGUGCACUGAACCAGACAUGGCUGCUCAAACCCGAUAUCUUUAUUCUCUCCAACAGAGAUUUCCCAUUCUUCAGUACCAUAGUCUUAAAGAAUUGAAAAUGAAUAGAUAAGAAACAAAAUAACGAGAAGGAGAGGUCAGGCCAGAAUAUUUGGUAAUAGACGGGUGAUUAAAAUACUGUUUUCAUCCUCUUAACCUUUCAAGCUUCAUGUUCUCCCUUUUCUCGUUGCUCUAUCGCCCACAGUCGCUCUUCCCGGCCCUUCCUUCCCUUACCUAUAAAUUUUAAACAGGACUUUCGUCACAAUAAACUUCAAAAAUACAUUAGACCGACAAGGAGAGCGUGUUUUGCUGGAGCGAUCUGGAUCUGCGCCUGAAUCUCCCGUUUAAAAUGCAAUUGUUGCUGUGAUUCAGUAAAUGAUUCUUGAUUUCAAUUAUUGAACCUAUUUAAGGUGUUUUCUCUAGGGAGGUGGGUGGUUAAAAAUAUAUUACACAGUUACAUCUUGAACUGGGUCUUUUUGGUUUGCUAGUAGCCACCCUUCGAUAUAAUGCCCAACCAUCCCUGGUCUUAAAAUGAUGUAAUUAAUGAAGAAACUGGAAUUUCAUUGACAUACUUCCUGUUUAUGCUUCUCUAGUCCCAGGUCACUGUGGAUUCUGAUAAGCAGAACCACAAGCCUGCAGAGGUUUUCCAAACUGGGUCUGAUCGAGCACAACAAACAGAGAUUUUGAAAAUUUGCGUGCAUUCAUCCGGUUUACAUCAAAUUCCGUGGAUGUCAGCAUUUGAAGAUAAAGCCUAAGAGCUAAGAAAUGAUCUUUUCAAUACUGUUAUGCUUGCUAUUCGGCAAUUUCCCGGUUAUCUUCUGCGUAACAUCUACCGUUUGCGACUGCAAGAAUGUCAGAUGUCCACAAGAACCGAACUGUCGGAACAGAGCUAGGGUCCUCGAUCAAUGUGGUUGCUGUUUUGUUUGUUUAAAAAAAUUGGGCGAAAUUUGUGGAAGAGAUUUACUUGGAAGAUGUGAAGAUGGACUUAAAUGUGAGCCAAGCAAAAACAUUUCUGCAGGCAAUGUCAAAGUCGGUGUUUGCCAAAAUGGAAAAGAUGAGAGGUCUCCAAGUAAUCUUGAAUGUGACCAUAAAGAGAAGCGGUAUAUAGAAAAGACGAUCGGUUCACUCAAAACAAUUUUGUGCUACGAAGUUGUCUGCGGCAAAAAAAUGAGAGUCAGCUCCAUACCCUCAAGCUGCAACGAAAUUGGUUGUGGGAUGACGAGGCCCUUUGACAGUAUUUGCUGUUCUAUGUGUAUACCAGACAAAGUGCGGGUACACUGUAGUUCAGGUAUGAUGCAAGUUUUGAUGCCAAAAUCACUGAUGACAAGGCAAGAGUUUAAGGCAUCUUCUUUAAACGAUAGACGAUGCACUGGCUUUGAGAUUAGUCAGAAUUUUGUAUUUGAAACAUCAGUUUAUGGUUGUGGAACAAUUGCAAGAAUCAAGCGCAAAUCUUCGUUUGUUUUUUCUAAUCGCAUUCGUACCAAUGGCAAUGGGCUGUUCGGAACAACUGGCAAAACACUUUUCAGCUUCGUCUGUACCUACAGCCGCAGGUCAGCAGCAACAGCAACGUACAGGGUACGUCAAGACAUUGUUACCAGCAGUGGCAAAAGUGUGGGCCUACAUUUCACAAACAGAGGGCGACUGUUGAAAUCCAAAAAAUUAAGAAUCACUAGAAACCAAGAAAGAAUGGACGUCUCCAUUAGCAGUCUUAUUCCGAAAAAGUAUAACCUCGAUAUUGCAGUGAAUUCUUGUUACCUAUCAUCAUCUAAAGAAAUGACACGAGAAACUGGAACCGAAUACUUUUUUGUUAAAAAUGGUUGCACGAUUAACAAGAGGUCGAAGCUUCAAUUCAGAACUGGACAUGCAAUUUGGUUUUCGUUCGAUACAAGUGGUUUGGUUGAAAAGGUCAAAGGCAAAACAUAUCUUCAUUGUGAUGUUGUCAUUUGCUCGAAAAGGUCAAGAAGCUUGUGGUGCAGAAGAAAAUGCGGCAAGCAACUGACAAAUCAGACAGAAUAAGACCAGAAACUAUAAAAGGUUUAUGAAUUUCAUUCAUUUUUUGCAAUGUCCUUGGGGCUUUCAGUUUAAUUAUACUGGUAAAUGUAACUUGAAGAUGUUUUAAAAUGGUGUGCAUCUUGUUACAAAUUGUGGAAAUGUAAUAAGUAAUAAACAGUGUGGAAAUGAAAUGUAAUAAAAAGACUGUAAUAAGUCAUAUCUUAACAUUUAAUUUUCUUACUACGAAAUCAGUGUAUCGUUCUACUAAUAUAGUUUCAAGAUGACAAAAUAUAUUUUGUUUAGAGAAAAUGAGGUUUGAAAUACGUAA